AUGUUGAAUAAUUACAACAAUCCCACGCCGCAGCCCAUCGAGCAAUACCAGGACCAGGCGCAGCACCAAUACCACCAGGAUGUCCAGUCGUCCUCGUAUACAAGCAUCACAUCGCCGUCCAACUUCGUCAGCUAUCACAGUCCGUCAGCGAACCCGCCCCCAGCGUUUGUUCACCGCAACUCGUUUUCCAGCAGGUCCAACUCGACAGACGGGUCGUCCUUGAAUAUCCGUCAGGGAUCUGUAGGCUCGAUUUCCGGACUGCCUCAAUCUUCGUUCCUGGCGUCCUCUUCCUCUCACAUUGCCCCGGCAGGACGCAGAUCGCUGCUCACUACCAAACUACAGCAACAGCAAGACCAAUCCUCUCCUUCUGCGCAACAGCUCACUCAUUUCGGACAGCACGCGUCAAACCUCCCUUCUCACGUGAGCUCCUCCUACCACGACAAGUUCACGCCUACCUCAUUACAGAUGAGCCAGCUAGGGUCUAUGCCGCAGCACAUGUCCACCCAAUUUGGGUCGUUUGGGAACUCGGGCUUCCCUCCUCAUCCAGCCCCGGCCACUGCAACUACCACCAUCUCUAAAGACAUUGCGUUUUCCACUAAUUCUUCCUCUAGCACCUUAUAUCAAGACGCACAACAGUCUAUCAACACACCCACCAACGAUCCCCACAGGCCGCACUUCAUCUCUGCAUCGGCCCCCACUCAAACAUACUUCCCAUCGUCCUCCUUCCCUAGAAGCUCAAUUGAUCACCAUCACCAACAGUUCCAGCAGAACCUGCCUCACUCUCAGUUUUCCUCAACUUCACUUUCGAGGCAUCCGGAUCACGUGCCACUGAACCCAAUGUCCCAUGUCAGAAACGACGACCAUCUGGACAUUCCUAAUCACCCGGUGAACGACCUCCUGCUAAUGCUGUCUGCGCUGUUACAGAAAAUUGUGGAAGCCAACGACUCGCUCCAUCCCGAUCACUACAACAGCCAGGAUAACCAGAUACAGACCGGGGGUGAGCAGAACAAGUACACCACGAACGUGCUGGCGUUCCACGGCCGCAACAUUCCUGCCAUCUCGCUUCACGCCUAUCUCACGAGAAUAUCUAAAUACUGUCCCGUGACAAACGAGGUUUUUCUGAGCUUACUGGUAUACUUUGAUCGGAUCGCCAAGCGCGCAAACAACGGCGACUUUAAUUCAACUUUCACUUCUUCUCCAAAGGCGGGCUUUGAGGAUCCAAAUGCUAAACAGCAGCUGUUUGUCAUGGACAGCUACAACAUCCACAGACUCAUCAUUUCUGGGAUCACAGUGGCAUCCAAGUUCUUUAGCGAUGUCUUCUACAAAAACUCUAGAUACGCAAAAGUCGGCGGCCUGCCCCUCGAGGAACUAAACCAUUUGGAGCUGCAGUUCUUGCUACUGCUGGAUUUCAAGCUCAUGAUCCAGGUAGAAGAAAUGCAUCGGUACGGUGACCUGCUGAUGAAGUUCUGGAAGCGCGAACAGCUGAAGUUGUCACAACUACGCGAGCAAUGA